AUUGUUUUCUUCUGCUUCUUGAACCGAUAAACCCUAGCCAAUUCAAUUCACAUUUUGGGUGAUUGCUUCCGAAUUUCGGUCUUGUUUUUUCUUUGAAGCUUGCUUAUUGGUAUGAGGAAAUCUGGUGAUUUGUCUUAGAUAUAUUCGUCAAUGGAUCCUGAGAAUGAAGACCUUCCUCAAUAUGAGCACAUUUUUCAAAACGAAUUCUCAUAUAGAAAACAUAAAAAGCAAAAAGAGGAGGAUAUUGCUAUAUGUGAGUGCAAAUUUGACUUCAGCGAUCCUGAUAGUACAUGUGGAGAGAGGUGCUUGAAUGUACUAACAAGCACAGAAUGUACACCCGGUUAUUGUCCUUGUGGUGUUUACUGCAAGAAUCAGAAAUUUCAGAAAUGCCAAUAUGCUAGAGUUUCACUGUUUAAAACAGAGGGCCGUGGUUGGGGUCUGCUUGCUGCUGAAUAUAUAAAGGCUGGACAAUUUAUUAUCGAGUAUUGUGGCGAAGUAAUAUCUUGGAAAGAAGCAAAGAGAAGGUCUCAAGCUUAUGAAAAUCAAGGUCUUAAGGAUGCAUUUAUUAUUUCUCUGAAUGGCUCUGAAUCCAUUGAUGCCACUAAAAAGGGAAGCCUUGCUAGAUUCAUCAACCACUCAUGCCAACCAAAUUGUGAGACUAGGAAGUGGACUGUUUUGGGAGAAAUACGAGUUGGAAUAUUUGCAAAAGAAGAUAUUCCUAUUGGAGGUGAACUUGCAUAUGAUUAUAACUUUGAAUGGUAUGGUGGUGCAAAAGUUCGUUGUCUUUGUGGUGCACUCAACUGUUCAGGAUUUCUUGGAGCAAAGUCUCGUGGCUUUCAGGAGGAUACCUAUGUAUGGGAAGACGAUGAUGAGCGGUAUUCAGUUGAAAAAAUCCCGUUGUAUGAUUCUGCUGAAGAUGAGCCUGCCACAAAGCUCCUGAAAGCUGUAAACUUGAGUUCUGAGGAUGAUGUUAAUGUUAAAAGUGGACAGCCCAUAAUAAUGGAUGUUAGUAUGAAAUCUGAGCACCAGUUGGAGUCUACUGUUGAUACGGUUCCUAUAGAAGGGGUAAUUGUGAAUACAGUGAAAACUGAACCAACUAAAGAUGUGAACUUGUAUUCUCAAGAUGCUCAGCCGGCUUUUUCUCAAAAGAAUGCAAUGAUUUCUCGCAUCCGUAGUAACAGUGCAUGCCGGAACUAUCACAUCAGAUCAGGGCCCAUGAUUAAGAAAAAGUCACAGCAUUAUUCUAAUGGAAAGUCGAAAAAUCUUUCAAAGAAACCAGUUGAUAUAAAACAUCUUGCUAAACUCUUGGCAUCAAAAGGACAAGAGGAGGUCUUCCGAUAUGAGGAAAUGAAGAAUGAAGCAGCUUCCCAGCUUGCUUCUUUGUAUAAUGAAAUAAGGCCGGCAAUCGAAGAGCACGAGAGGGAUAACCAAGACAGUGUAUCAACCAGUGUGGCUGAGAAGUGGAUUGAAGCAUGCUGCACCAAAUUAAAGAUAGAAUUUGAUUUCCAUUCUUCAAUUCUCAGAAAUAUCGUCUGCACUCCGCCUAAGGCAUGCGAGCAACUGAAGUCUUCUGAACUGGAAGGACAAGGAGGAAGCCAUAACGAUAAUGAAGUGAAAUUGUUAGAAUUUUGAAAAUUGAAGUGCUAAGACAAUGUUACA